CAAACAACCAAACACAAGUAAAUUAACCACCGUUGCUGUCGUGCGGCCACGUGAAAAUUUCCUCGUUCGAGAGCCGUGUGUGUUGCCCAAAUGGAGGCAAAUGGUUAAAAACAAAAAAUAUAUUCCAGCAAAUAAGUGUAUUAUUAAUAAAAACAGUGAAAUUAAGUAACGAAAAUCGGUUCUUGUCGCCGGUAUGUGAAUGCUUUGUGAGGUUAAAAUCGGAAAAAAGCUGGCGCGGAAGCUAAGCACAAAGCAAAAGUAAGAAGGAGCACGUUGUCGAUUUGGCAUUAACCGCGUGUGAUAUUUUGAAAACAAGGUUUUUAAACAUAAAGAGCGAUAACUAGAAACUAUUCAUGAUCAAAUACAACAUAACUGGACUACAAAAGUUUGUUGACAAAAAACAAUUCGCGACAUAAUGGAUUCACGGCUCUUGAACGUAUUUCACGAUGAUCCGUUCGACGGUAGUUAUACCCAACUCAAUGCGGAUUUUUGGUCCGGUGGGAGCGAUACAAUGGGCCAACUCACAGAGACAUUGAAUGGAAUUCUACCAAUCGCUGCGGAAGCAGACCAAAAUGCAGAUAUUUACAGUAGUACCACAAUGCUCGAUGCCGAAGACCAUUUCCGGAUAACGAAGAAAAUAGAUUCUGCAACGAAUCUACAAAAUGAUGAAUUGCUAAUUUAUGAUGACUUUACACACCAUCAACUGCCAGCAGAUGGAGCAAUUGAAAUUAUAACUGUUGAUCCUAAUUCAUUAGACUCCGACACAGAUCUGGAUACCGAUGAUACUGACGAUGAUGAUAUCGGUAAUGAUAAUGAGCUGAGUGAAGAUCAUGGUGGAGAAUUCGACGACAAUCAAAGUCAGUAUAGUGAUGCAACAUUUCGCACACGUACUGAUAGUUCUUCAAUCGGUGACUACGAAUCGCAUACGAGUGACUAUGAUGACAGUUCUGAUGACGAGGAAACUGCUGGUGAUAACAUAAAUAACCAAUGUGACGAUAUACAUACAAGUAAUAAAACUGAAGCGCUUUUGUUGGGAAUAGAUCAAUUACCUGAUUUAACAGCGGGUCUGUUAGCUACUGAUGGAAUCGAUGUGAACGGUGAAUUCCAUCUACCCCUGGAAAACGUCAUAGCGGGUGGUAAGAAUCGAACUAUGAGCACCAACACCAUAGGUUCGGAUGUCGACGUUAAUAAUUUCGAUUUAGCAGAAUUUAUAACAAACGAUAAUUUAUCCUUAAAUGUCCCUAAAGAGAACUCAAAAAUGAAUAGUAAAUUGCAAACUAAGACAAUUGUUCCCACAAAAAUGUUACCAAUACCGGUUAAACAGAAUUUAGAAACAGAUUCUGACGCUGAUUCAGAUGUUAUUGUUGAUAUAGAGACAGUAGAUGUAGAUAAUGCGAAAUCUUUAUGGGAAAUUGCAUCUAAAAGUUUCGUUGAAACAAAAGAAAAUGGUAAUAAUGAUGUUAUAUACAAAGACAAUGUCGAAGAGGAUCCAUCAUGGAGUCCCAAAUGUGCAAAGAAACAAGAUACUACAGCGAAAGAGGCAAAAACACGGUCAUCUACCACAACAAAUACUUCAGAAAGUCAAACUACUAGUAAUCCUCAAAAUGCGCGCAAUUUUACUAUAAUACCCAGCAAACGUCAAUGUGACAUCCUUAAAGGCAAAGCUAGCAAUGGCAAGAAUAAGUCAUCUUCAAAGCAUAAUCAAGUGAAAUCUAUGACGAAAAAAGGACCAGAGAUUACAACAGGAAAUGUCCAAAAAGCUGGCUCACUUACUUGCAGGGUUGGUGUGGGUCAAAGUGGCAAAAAUUUGGCCCUGCUAUCACAAAAUUCUUCUACAUCUGAAAGCAAAUCACAAACUACCAAGACUGCAGGAAUAGAUGAGAAAAAGUUGGUGACACUAACAAAUACUGUACAAGAAACAAACAUUGCAUUAAAAGAAAAGAAAAACGAAAAAUUAGUGGAGCAUGAAAAAUUAUCAGUUAAACGAAAACUAAAUUUAGAAGAAUAUAAACGCCGACGUGACAAAGCUCCACCUGGUCAGACUGAAGGCGUUAACGCAGCAACCGAAAGCCAAUUAAACAAAUCUGCAACCCAAAGCAUGCAAAUAAAACACAGCGAAGAGGUAAAAUCUGUUGUUAAGAGUUUGAGAAAUCAAGCUAAACAGAAAACUCAAACUGAUCCUAUAACUGAGGCUAAAAAUAAGGUAUUGCGCAUGCAGGAGUUGAAACGAGCACAACAACUGAAGAUUAUAGAUUCGACAAUAUCUGCGAAAGUACCGCGUGUCACAAAACUACCACCACUUAAGGACAUUGUAAAGGACACAUGCUAUGCCGAUAAUACCCAAUACGAUCAAUCUGCGGCUAAUACAAAAUUACAUCCAGAUUAUGAAGAACUAAUUAUCGUAUCCGCUGGCAGUAAUACGGAUAUUAGUAUACCACCACUUAAUGUAUUACCUAUUAAUACUUGUGAACGUUCACUUUUGAAGUCAUCAGCGUUGUUAUAUAAUAAUAUGCCAAAGGGAUUAACCUCAAGCAGUUCUUUGAUUGCCAGUAUACAGGACGUUUUUGUACAAAAAGUGGUUGGUCCUGAAAAGACCAGCAUUGCGAAUGGUCCUACAACGUCGGUUACGGAGAAAACAAGAAAACAGGGAGAGCAACAUGGCGAGGAUAAAGUCAUUAUGCAUUUGCGUAAGGAUAGAAUAGGACCGCGCACCGUCAGCGUUGGCAUACAAACUGACUUACAACCAGGAUUUGCUCGUUUGCCAAAAGUUCAGCUAAAAAAGCGUUUACAGCGAAAUUAUCGAAAGCAUAGUGGUAAAGGCGGUUUAAAUGAUUCCGGUAGUGAUACAUCAUGCGGCCGUAGUCGCAAGCGCAGUCGUAGUCCAAUUAAUCGAUCACGCAGUCGCUCAGGUGAUAGCUUUGCUUCGUCGUUGGAACAUACAGGAGUUCGCCAGUGUGACAAUGCUGGUGGCUAUUCUUCGCGCAGCAGCCGUCGGCAUCGCAGUUCCAUUAGCUCGUCUUAUUCCGAGUCUGGACGCGGGUCACGCAACACACAACGUCAAUCACGCACAAGCUACAAAAAGCGUUCGAAGAAAUAUGCUCGCGAUUCAUCAGAUUCGUCGUCAUCAUCUUCAAACUCGGAUUCCUCUGAUCGCAAUAAUGCUGGAAUUAAUACCUAUCAUUCGGUUGUAUUUCCCAAAGUGGAAGCACCACCUAAAGAGGAAGAUUCAUUUGAAGCUUUGCUGCAGAAAGUAAAAGCGAAAAUGAACGCAAAUAAAGCAAAUUCAGCAACUAAAGCCUGACGUCAGCCAUGGAAAACAAGCGCUACAUAUUGUCUUUCACUGCUGAAUUUCACAUUUUAGUCGCAUCAACCUUUUUAUAUUUACAUUCAUACUUAGCUUAUCGUAUGCAUUAAUAAUUCCAAAUUGAACCAAUGUUAUAUCAAAAUAUCAUUACUUCAUUUUCUACAAAAAUGUGUUUGUAAUUAAGUUUGUAUAUAUUUCUUCUUAUGAAUUGCUUAAUGCAUACUUAUACGUCAUUAUCAUUAUCAUUGCUUCAAUAAUGCAAUACAGCUAAGUACUGCUGAUUACUUCUCGCCACAAUGACAUUAGAAGGAGAUUGAACGCGCAUGAUAUGCAUUAUUGGACUGAAAGUAAAUAUUUAUGUAUGCUAAUUUCAAAAACAAACCAACUUGAAGGAUGUGCUUUUUAUGUCUCAAUGUAUAUUGUUAACUAAAAUGGAAUGUGAUAAUGGAAGCCACAGUCAUUGAAAAUAACUUGAACUGCUUAAAAUCAAAACAAAGGAAAUACCCGCAUAAGUUACUUGCUUAAAUAUAUAUGUUUGUUUGAAUAGAGAUAACUUAAUGAAUUUAACAGAUAUAGAGAAGACCAUGAUGGUAUGUAUUAAUUGUGAAUUUUUCACAUUUAACUAACAACAAUUUUUGUAAAUUUUGUACAUUUGUAAACAAGUAUAAAAUAUAAAUAAAUAACAUUAAAAAUACAAUGCUACAAAGGAGUCUUGUUCAAACUAUUUACAAACGUACAAAUGUAAAAAAGGAAAUGGACGACGAAUUAAACUGUUGAUAUACAUUUUUAUAUGUAAAUAUAACCCUGAUAUUAGUUGUAAUAGAACACACUUUUUAAAUUUCUUAAACUCAAUUUCUACCUACCUGCUUGUAUUUUAGUUAAGUUAAGAAGAUACGCAUAAUUUGUUAGUCAAAUAAUUUUGGAAGUGAAUGUUGAUGCAUAGUUUGCCUUCGAAUAGGCUCCAAUAAACAAUACAUAAAUAUGAAUAAACUAAAAAAUAAUUGGCUUUCUAAAGAACAAGAAUCUUGUUGCUUACAGAAAUAAAUACUUUCAAUGUUAUGAUUAUUAAGUGAUAUAUUUUUAAAAAUAAAAAAUCAGAAAAGUACUUGUUAAAUUGCUGAGAGAGUAUCCGCUAACUAUGUUCGUGGUAUGCCAAAAGUAAACCUACUUAAUUGUUAUGCAGAUUUUAUAUUCUUCCUUUUAAUAAGCUACAAUUGAAAGACUAGCAAGCCAUCAAAAUGAAUAUGUUAAACACAAAAAUGUGUGGCUAUUUCAGAUAACUGAAUGCUACAUAGUACAUACAUACAUAUUUAUUUAUAUUACCCCUUUAGUUACGUUUUUUUUUAAUAACAACUUCUUAAAUUUAAGUUUAUGCGUUUGCUUUAUAUAGAGUUUGUGUUAAAUAAACUGAAAAGGAUUAUCUAAAAACCAACCGAAAA